AUGGCUGAAAAGAGUAACGAUAAUACUUCUUCUGAUACAAUUUCCUCGAAGCCAAAAUCAAAAAAAUACCGCAAAGAAAAACCUUGGGACAAUGAGGAUAUAGAUCAUUGGAAAAUCGAACCGUUUGCUCGAGAGGAUAAUCCGCACUCUUUUACUGAAGAAUCUUCAUUUGCAACUCUAUUUCCAAAAUAUCGAGAAAAUUAUUUAAAAGAGAUAUGGCCCCAUGUUACGAAAGUUUUAGAGAGUGUGGGUAUUGGAUGUCUUUUAGAUCUAGUCGAAGGAAGUAUGACAGUUAAAACAACCAGAAAGACAUAUGAUCCAUAUAUAAUACUCAAAGCUCGUGAUUUGAUAAAAUUGCUGGCAAGAAGCGUUCCGUUUCCUCAGGCUGUUAAGAUUCUUGACGAUGGUGUAUCAUGUGACAUUAUCAAAAUUGGAAAUAUUAUUCGAAGCAAAGAACGUUUUGUCAAACGAAGACAAAGGUUGAUUGGGCCAAAUGGUUCGACGCUGAAGGCGAUAGAAUUAUUGACUCAAUGCUAUGUCAUGGUGCAAGGAAAUACCGUAUCUUCUAUGGGUUCAUAUAAAGGUUUGAAAGAAGUAAGAAAAAUAGUAAUCGAUUGUUUAAAGAACGUUCAUCCUAUAUAUCACAUUAAAAUUGAUUUACAACUGGAAUCUGGUGAAUAUUUUCUUAAACCUAAAGAAAAGGCCGCUCGUGAAAUGGAGAAGAAAAAGGAAAAACAAAAGGAAAAUACCCUAAAACGGAAAGCGGAAAGAGAAAAGGCAUUUGUUCCGCCUGUAGAAGACGUCCCAAAAAAAAAGAACCGAAAAGCUAAAGCUGAGUCAAGUCAAUUUGUAGAAUAA